CUCUUUCUCUCUUUCUCUCCAUCCCUCCUCCCCCCUCCCUCCCUCACACACACUGCACACACUGACACACACGCGCGCACACACUCACGCACACACACUCACGCACACGCACGGAGCAUCCUCCCAUUAGGUCUCCCGGUCCAGCCCCGCCGGCGCCUCCUCUUGCUGCAAACCCGCCCCAGCUCCCCACGCGCUCCCGCCCCCCUCCCUCCCUCCGGCUCCGGGACCCUCCUCGCCGACCCGCACCCCGCUCCCGGGAUGGAGCGGACCGAGCCCGCCCGGAGCCCCCCGCGGCCGGGGUGACGGCCCCCGCCCCUCCCGCCGGCCCCCGCCCGCCGGCCCCCGCCCGCCGGAGCACCAUGGGCCCCAGGGGCUCCCUAGGCGCCGGACGCUGAAGAUGACGGAUGCUGGAGCUCCCUUGAGCCAUGGCUUCUUCAAAGCUCCGAGAGCCCACUGAUGAGGUUUUUGACCUAGACUUGGCUGUGCCAGAGACCGUCAGACUGGACAGCAGUUUACACAAAGCCCGGGCCCAACUGCUGGCCAAAGGCCGCAGGCACCGGCCUUCCCGCUCGAGGCUCCGGGACAGUGCCAGCUCUGCCGAGGACGGUGAAGGCUCCGAUGGGCCCGGAGGCAAGGUGACGGACGGCUGCGGGAGCCCCCUGCACCGGCUGCGCUCGCCUCUGCACUCGGGCCCAGGCUCUCCGGCCGUGGGCUCCUUCUGCCUGGAGCCUCCGGGGUUGCGGCGCAGCCUGGAUGAGGAUGAGCCGCCACCCUCGCCGCGCACCCGCUACCGACCCCUGCACAACGCCGCUUCGCACGAGGGCCUGGCCGCCGCCUCCUGCUCGCCGCCGCGCUCCGCGCCCUCCUCGGACAGCUCGCCCAGCUUCGUGCGCCGCCACCUGCGCGCCGAGCCGCACAGCGAAGAUGAUAGUCGGGAUGCCAGCCCACCGGAGCCUGCCAGUCCCACCAUCGGCCUGGAUAAGAAGACUCGCCGGAAGUUCCUGGACCUGGGGGUCACCUUACGCCGAGCAUCUACGAGCAAGAGCCGGAAGGAUAAGGGCAGCAACCGCCUGUCCAUGGGCAGCAGGGAGUCGGUGGAGGGGUCCAGCAGGUCAGGGGGCUCCCCGUUCCUGCCCUUUUCCUGGUUCACAGACAGCGGCAAGGGCUCAGCGUCCUCCGGCAGCACCACCUCCCCUGCCUGCUCCCCUAAACAUGAGAGCUUCAGCCCUAAGAAGUCAGCUUCUCAGGAAUCCACCCUGAGCGAUGACUCCACACCCCCCAGCAGCAGCCCCAAGAUCCCGAGCGGUCCCCGGCAGGAGGCUAAGUGCUCCUACCCCUACCACACGCUGUCCCAGUCUUCGGAUGAGUUCCUGGACGAGCCUCUUCCCACUAUCCACCACUGGACCAGUCAGCAGGUGGGCCAGUGGCUGCACAGCCUCAACCUGGAGCAGUACGCCGCCGAGUUUGCCGCACGGCAGGUGGAUGGGCCGCAGCUGCUGCAGCUGGAUGGAAGCAAACUGAAGAGCCUGGGGCUCAGCAGCUCGCAUGACCGGGCGCUGGUGAAGCGGAAGGUGAAGGAGCUGGCGGCGGCUGCGGAGAAGGAGCGCAAGGCCCAGGAGAAGGCCGCCCGGCAGCGCGAGAAGCUCCGGCGCCGGGAGCAGGAGGCCAAGAAGAGCUAGAGGAGAGCGAGCAGGCGCGGCACCCGGCAUGGCACCCGGCACGGCAGCCGCCGCCUGGCGGGCGCGGGCUCCCAGCGAACUGGAGCUUGGGCUGGCCUGGCCCCACGGUCUCAGGAGUACAUGCCCUCUCUCAUCUGUCACUCUGGACCGAGAUCCCCCAGAAAGGGAGGCCCAGGGAGAGGGCCGGGCGCUAAACCGACUU